UCACUGCAUGUCCGUAUUCUAUACAAUACAUUGAGGGCGAAUACAUACAUUUUUGUGCUCUUCAAGUUAAGUUCAAUAAUUUUCAAGCAAAAAUAAUUUUUUUUUCGAUUCAAGUUGUGAUGCCAUAAGUAACUAAGAAUGGAUAGAGGUCUAAGCAAACAAAGACAGCAACAUCCAAAGGAUUGCGCCAAUAUAUUUUCCAUCAUUUUAUUCACUUAUAUUUUCAAAUUUCUACGAAAAGGAAGAAAGCAACAGAUGAACGAGGAUGACUUGACAAGUGUUAUGGGAAAGAUGAAAACAAAACCAUUGGCUGAUAAGUUGGAAAUGCACUGGAUGGAAAUAAAAAAAGAUAAAUCUAAGCUUACACUACUGAGAGCUAUUUUGAGAUGUUUCGGAUCUACAAUGAUAGUGCUUUUAUCCACCAAUCUAACGUUUUCUCUCCUACUAACAUGGACCUAUCCAUGGGCAAUCGGAAAAUUUGUAUCCUAUUUCGAAAAAGGUCAAACAAGCAUCACUCUGUCUCAAGCUAUCUCAUACGCUGUCAUCUUAUUAGUUUCAACAGCCCUAAGUAACUUGUGGAGAGAACAUUACAAUCUAUUGAAAGCUGAACUGGGUAUCAGAAUAGAGACUUCUGUCUCAUCGCUUUUGUAUAGAAAACUGCUCACUUUAGAUCAUGCUAAAAACAAGAAAAUUAAUGCUGGUACUGUAAUUACCGGACUGACCAAAGAUAUUGGCAACAUCAGAGAAGUUGUGGUGAUUGGCAUGGAAAAUGUAACAGAUGUGAUACAAUUGAUUUUUAUUAUUUAUAUUCUAUACCAAAAGCUUGGAAUUGCUUCUCUCAGUGGUGUUUUGAUAGUCUUCUCCACCACAGGCCUUCAAGUUUUGUUCGCGAAAUUGACCUACAAAUGGAGAGGUAUAUGCAAUCAGAAAAACGAUGAGAGAUUAGGCCAAAUUCAAGAAGUGUUGAGCUCUAUAAGGUUGGUGAAAAUGUAUGGAUGGGAGAAAUUUUUUGAAAAGAGGCUGCUGUAUUUCCGAAAGAUAGAGCUGAGAGCACUGCUGGUUUUAUUCAUCCUGAAAAGCUUAUCCCGAAUAAUUGCAUCGUCAACGGCAAAACUUUCCCAUUCUUCAACCCUUCUGCUGCUGCUAGGUCUCAAUCAAAGACUAGACUCUGAUGUGAUAUAUUUCGCAAGUUCCUGCUUCCACCGAGCAGCCAAAUCUUUAGUUUGGCUGCCCAUAGGAUUACAAGCAACAUCCGAAUUCUUGAUGGCAUCCAAAAGAUUGGAUGUUAUCCUCCAAGCUGAAGACAACCCAGCUACAUUAUCCCAGAAAACAUCAUCUAUAAAACCUGAGAUCAUCUUCAGAGAAAUCGACGUAGUAGUUGACAACACUACGGUUCUGAGAAAUAUCGGAUUAGAAUUAAAGGUAGGUCUGAACGUACUUAUAGGACCUUCGGGUUCUGGGAAGACAUCCUUGUUGAAAGCGAUCUUAGAGGAAUACCCUUGUUUUAAUGGCAAAAGAAACGUUAGAGGCAGUAUUUCAUAUGUGGCUCAAAAACCCUGGUUGUUUCCGUCUUCCCUGAAACAAAACAUCCUUUUUGGUCAAGAAAUGGAAGAAAAGAAAUAUAAAAAUAUUUUGGAUAUGUGUGGUUUAACAUACGAUGUAAGUAAAUUUUUGUCAGGAGACGAAGUGAUAUUGACUGACUGUGGUACUAAUUUGAGUGGUGGCCAACAAACUAGAUUAAAUUUAGCAAGAGCUUUAUACAAAGACUCAGAUAUAUACCUACUGGAUGAUUGUUUCGCUUCCUUAGAUGUGAAUAUCAAAGAACAUGUCUUCAAAAACGCCAUCAAAGGAUACUUAAGUAACAAGUUGUGUCUCUUGGUGACACACAACACACAAAUCAUAGAACAAGCUGACAACGUCAUUAUAAUGGAUAAUAGAACGAUCAAGUAUUGUGGAAAACCUUUGAACCUUCCGGAGCAAUUGCCGAGCCUUGAGCAAGAAAUUGAAGAAGAGUUUGAAAUGAUAAACAAAGAUGUAGAAGAAAAUGAUGAAACAGAGGUGAAAGAGGAUACAUCUCUCAUUUCUAAGAAAAAACCCGAUCAAGGAGAUGACAUAUAUAAAGAGAGCAGUAAUACUGGAAACGUUAGUUUUAAAAUUUACAAACAGUAUUUCAAUUAUGGUGGUGGUUACUCUAUGAUAGCUGCAAUUGCAUCCAUUUAUUUUUUUUCGGAACUACUACACUCAGCUGGAGAAAAAAUGCUCAGUAGUUGGGUAAAUAAUAGAAACGCAACUAAUAUAACUGCAAGUAAUCUAACAAACUACAAUGAAUCUACUACAGCAAUUCCAUUAGAAGCAAUCACCACAUUUGCUUCGGAUUAUUCUUCAGAAGUACAAUUUACUACGUCAUCUUUCGAUUCAUAUCACAGCAAUUCAUCUAUGAAUUUAAUGAGAAAUAUAAAAAACAUUACAUCCGAAGAAGAAAAUCUCGGGUUGUAUUUAUCUAUAAGCUUCACCUUUAGCGGUUCUCUUGUAGCUUUCUGUGGCAUCAUAGUAUGUGUUUUCUACGGUCAAAAAAUAGCAAGAAACUUAUUCAAGGAUAUGAUCACCAACUUGCUGAAUGGCUGCAUGCAUUUCUUCGAUACACACUUGAUUGGAAGCAUACUCACGAGAUUCUCUAGGGAUUUAUUCAUCCUAGAUGAGAGAUUGCCGAUUUUCUGGAAUGGAAUAAGAAUUUUUUUUGCCCUAGGCAUGUGCCUUAUUUUGAUAGCCUCUAUUGGCCCUGUCUUCCUUGGUAUGUCGUUCUGUAUGGUUCUGGUGCUUUACAGUAUUACUAAUUACGUUCUCAGCACCUCCAGAAAUUUAACACGGCUCAACAGUUCUACUUUGAGCCCUGUAUUAGGACAUGUUAAUGCCACACUUGAAGGAUUGACAAUCAUAAGGACCCAUGGUACACAGCAGAUACUCAAAGAUGAAUAUGAUAAGCAUUUGGAUUUGAACAUGACUGCCCUACAUUUGAAGGAAAUUUCAAAUGCAUUCAUGAACUUCUAUUGUCAUGCUGCCGGAAUGUUUUAUGUGAUUUUCAUUAUCAGUCUUCUUUUUUGUACGGAAGGGAUUUUGGGGGGAGAUGCAGGUUUGCUGCUCAACCAAACUCACACGCUGACACAUUUAAUAGAAAUCAUUCUAUUCCUUGGAAUGCUAAUGGAAAAUAAUAUGACAAACGUAGAACGUAUUCUUCAAUACCAGAAGGUACCAAAAGAGACUCGCACCAAAGGAAGAGCCAUAGACCAGUGGCCAAGUCGGGGACAAAUACAAUUCAAGAACCUAAGCCUCAGCUACCGUUCUGAAGAUGAAAUUGUACUGAAGAACUUGAACUUCGUCAUAAAUCCUGAACAGAAAAUUGGCAUAGUUGGUAGGACAGGUGCGGGAAAGUCGUCCAUAAUCAUGACACUUUUCAGGCUGUACGAAUAUACCGGAAGCUUACUGAUUGAUGGUAUCGACAUCAAAACACUCUCUCUUGAGUUUCUCAGAUCCCAUCUUGCAAUAAUACCGCAGGACCCAGUGAUAUACACUGGUUCUGUCAGGACAAAUAUAGAUCCUUUCGAAACUAUGACUGACGAAGAGAUUUGGAAGGUCCUGGAAAUUGUAAAUUUAAAAGACCAAUUAAAAAGUCUUCAGGAUGAUUUGAAAGGUACCAGUUUGAGUAUAGGACAGAAGCAACUGAUCUGCAUCGCAAGAGCUUUGACUAAAAAGACAAAAAUUGUCAUAUUGGAUGAAGCGACUGCAAAUAUGGAUGAUGAAAUGGACACGUUGAUUCACGAAAAAAUUAAUGAACUCUUCAAAUCGUGCACUGUAAUAACAAUCGCUCAUAAACUGGCCAACGUCUUGAAUUGUGACAAGAUUAUUGUGAUGGACAAAGGAGAAGUAGUUGAGUUCGAUAGUCCUCAGAAUCUACUCAACAAUGUAGAUGGAAUUUUCUACAAAAUGGUUCAUAAGAAAGAUAACAAAUAAAUAAAGUCUUGAAAAUCAUGGGAUUGUACAAAAGAUGUAAAUAUUUUGAUUAAUUAUUUAAUAAAAAAAAUCUGUUUU